GGUUAGUCAAGGUCGAUACAACUUGAUUAGAGGCCACCUGUGGCCAAUUCAAUUGUUAGGAAAUGAUUUUAGAAAGAAACCCACCUGUCCCACAAUGUCAGUGGGUUGAAAGGUCUUGGAACACUAAUCGUAACGAAGGUUGAGUUUGCGUCGUUUAUUGCUUGCAAUGAACGUCCAACAUGAAGUAUCUCUGCUUGUUGGAGAGAUCCAACGGCUUGGCAGUAAAAAUGCAGAUGGACAAACUUGUGUCAAAUUUGGUGUCCUGUUCAAUGACGAUAGGUGCGCAAAUAUCUUUGAGGCUUUGGUUGGGACUCUGAGGGCUGCCAAGAGGAAGAAGAUCAUCGCAUUUGAAGGGGAGCUGCUCCUGCAAGGUGUCCAUGACAAUGUUGACAUCACACUCCUACAAGAAUGAAACUGAUGGCUAUCGUUAUUCAGAUGCAAAGUCAAGUUUCUUUGAGGCGUUACUAUUACAUCUACCAACCAGGGAUCACAAAUCAACAUUUUGAUACAUUUUUAGGACUACAAAUGUACAGGCUGAGAAUGUAACACUUUGUAUACCACAUUAGGAGAAUAUUGUUCAUAAUGAUUAUAUUCUAGGGGACGAAAUACACCUAGAUGUUUUAGGAAACAAAUGACCUUACAGGAAUCACCAAAUGGCAACUUCAUUUAUUGUUUACAUGGUCAUUUUGGUACCUCUUGUGGACUUCCUUAGAAAAACUAAGAUGGCAGUGUUUCAAGAGAGGCUUUUGCACAUAUUGAUUUUUAUUUUAUUCAUGCUAAUGUUAAGCAUUUGAGUAUGUAUUAUUCAAGCUUUUAUAUGUUCGCAUGACUGUCUUUUCUCUAUCGACCACUCACAAACCUUUGCCUUCGCUAUAACCAAGGGGGAUUAAGCCAAUGGAUUUCCUGUGUGAUUCUUAGUAGUAUUGAAUGACAGGGUGAUUUGUGCCAAAUAAAAAUUAGGUUUUGUAAUGUUCCUCAGGACCAAAUGUUAAACUGACCUUUGAAAUUAGACUCGUUUAUUUAGAAUACAAGUUUGCCUCAUUCCAGAUACAGUGUUGUAUAUUAUGCAAGCAUAGAAUAGUCUUAAUAAGAGACAUAUUGAUAAAGUACUCAAAUGUUGUCGAUGGAUAGAAAUGAUGUAUAAGAUGUUCUCUAUUUUACAGGCUAGGGAGUUGUUGAUCACAUUUCUAUACCUGCAACAUGUAUGUUGUGGCUUACUUAAUGUGCCCCAUAUCACGAAUAAGACUCUGUCAUCAAAUUGCGUGGGUUACCAUGAACUGUGAAUAUAGGCUUAUCAUGCAUGGUGUUAAUGUUCAAAGAAGAUACACAAUGCUUUAGUAUUGUGUCCUGGUAGGAAAUACAUUUGAAACUUGACAUGGGAAGCAAUAGUAACUCUUCAAAAAAAAUAUGGUUUAACAAGAAAAAAUAAAUGACAAAUUGAGCACAAUACAUGUAUGAUCAUCAAAGUGCAGUUCCUUUCCAAAGUCUAAUCAUUUCCAAAUUGUUGACAUAUUGACAAUAAUGUAUUCCAAAGAAAGUGUUCUGAGGAUGAAAUAAUCAGUUAAUAAAGAACAAACCUUCA